AUGUCGGGUGAGCCGAGUCCAUCGCGAUCGACCCGGGCAACGGCGCAGGAGCGAUUGUCUCCCUAUGCUGAACUGGAGUCGUAUCCUUUGCCGGACGAAGAUAAGGCUGUGCACGUGCAAAGAUAUCUAGUCAAGCCAGACGACUCUACCCCGGACGACAGUGGGCAUGCGGACGAUGUGCAGCCGAGUGCUUCUGCCUUUUCUGUCACAUCGAGCCGCAUAAGCAUGAACGAGGACGAGUACCAGGCACCACACCAUAUGCCUGGCGGUGCCAUCACUGAGGAUCUGUAUCGCUGGGCACACCAAAACCGCCCACGCACUCGGCGGACCGAGAGCGUGCAUCUGCCACGAACUCGCGACCUCGACUCGGUGAUUGAUUCUGAUAUUCUCAAGCAGCCAGGCGGAUUCCGACGCUCUUAUGUCAUGGCACAAGCCGCGGAGCAAGGCAAGCCGCCGCCACGAGCGCUCAAGAGCUUUGUCGAAUUUCUUAUGCUCUACGGCCAUUUCGCUGGAGAAGAGCUCAACGACUUUGAGAUCGAUGAAGCGGAGGAAGAAGAAGAUGAAGAGACAGGCCCCACAGAGAGCUCGUCUCUUCUUCGUCGGCGGCAUGUGCACGGCCACAUCCCGUCGCUUCGAGGCCAUCGGCGCCACGAGCACAAGGGCGAGGCCUCUGUCUUGGACGCCGUGCUGAUGCUGCUCAAGUCGUUUGUGGGAACGGGUAUCUUGUUUCUCGGAAAGGCGUUCUUCAACGGUGGUCUGCUGUUUUCCGUGAUUGUCAUGUGCCUCAUCGCCGGUGUCUCGCUCUAUUCGUUCUUGCUGCUCGUGCAGGCGAACCAAAAGUUGCACGUCGGCUUUGGCGAUAUGGGAGGCAUUUUGUACGGUCCAUCUAUGCGCCACGCUAUCUUGGCAUCGAUUGUCAUUUCGCAGCUGGGCUUCGUUGCUGCUUACACAGUGUUUGUCGCAGAAAACAUGCAGGCGCUGAUCAUGUCCAUGACACAAUGUCGUACGCUCGUGUCGCACGGAACUUUGAUUCUCGCACAGGCUCUAGUCUUUCUCCCACUGAGUCUCGUGCGCAAAAUCGCCAAGCUUUCAUCCACAGCGCUCAUUGCCGAUGUGUUUAUCUUGACGGGAGUGGUCUACUUGUUAUACUACGAGAUUGGCUCCCUGGCUGCGCACGGCUUGGCUGAUGUGGUCAUGUUCAAUACGAACAACUUUCCGCUGUUUAUCGGUACCGCUGUGUUUACGUUCGAGGGCGUCGGUCUUGUGAUUCCUAUCACCGAGAGUAUGAAAGAGCCGCAAAAGUUUCCCAAGACACUGUCGUGGGUCAUGCUGGGUGUCGCAGCCCUCUUUGCCGCGGCUGGUGCGUUAUCGUAUGCCACCUUCGGAAGCGAAACACAGACAGUCGUCAUCACGAACCUACCGGGCAACUCGGGUUUUGUGCAGGCCAUUCAGGCCCUGUACUCCGUUGCCAUUCUCUUGUCCAUGCCGCUUCAAUUAUUCCCGGCCCUUUCCAUUUUGGAGUUGGGCCUCUUCCGACGCAGCGGCAAGUACAGUCUGCGCACCAAGAUGCUGAAAAAUCUCUUUCGUUUCCUUGUCGUGAUCCUGGCCAUGUUCACGGCCUGGCUCGGCGCGAAUGAUCUCGACAAGUUUGUGAGUCUCAUUGGGUCCGUGGCGUGUGUGCCUCUGUGCUUCAUUUAUCCACCCCUGCUGCACCUGCGUGCGUGCGCCACGACGCGCCGUGCCAAGAUGAUCGACAUGGCCCUCUUCACCUUUGGCAUCUUUUGCGUCGUGUUUGCCGGCACGCAGACCGUGCAGUCGAUGCUCUCCGGCUCCAGCCCUCCUAAGCCACCCGUGUGUGUACCGUCACCACCUCGCCCGCUAUGA